GGUUAAUACAAUGUCUCUCCGUACCACCUCAUUACAUUUUACAGAAAGGCUACAGGUACCAUCUUCAGAGACCACGGACCACUCAAAGAAUGAGGACCAGCCAGGUGGUGAAGUAUUCUUUAUUUGUUUCCUGCUAUAUUUUUUGGGUGGCUAGUGGACUGAUGAUUGCAGUUGGACUGUAUGCUAAACUCUGUAAAGAGACAGGUGCUGUGGAUUCCCUUACAACAGACCCUGCUGUCUUAUUAAUCGUGGUGGGAAUGCUUAUGUUCAUCAUAACUUUCUUUGGAUGCAUGGGAGCCCUGAGAGAUGUGCACCUACUGCUUAAAAUCUUUGCGGGCAUGCUCAUUGUAGUCUUGGUUCUUCAGCUUGUGGCAGCUGUUCUAGGCUUUAUGUUCUCAGGAAUGGUUUUGGAUAAAGCCAAUUCUGUAAUGGCAAGGGCAAUUAUUUAUUACCGAGAAGAUAUAGAUUUGCAAAACGUCAUUGAUUACAUUCAGAAAAAGUUUGAAUGCUGUGGAGUUAAAAGCUACAAAGACUGGUCCACAAACAUUUACUUCUACUGCACAGACAACAACCCAAGUUUGGAGAGAUGUGGAGUUCCGUACUCCUGCUGCAUCAAGGAAAAGGGGCAGACUGUUAUCAAUACAAUGUGUGGAUAUGAGAAACAAAACCUCAUGAGCUGGCAGGCAGAAGACUAUAUCUAUAUCGAGGGUUGCUUGGACAAGAUUGUCAGCUGGGGUCGAGGAAGCCUUUUAUUCCUAGGAUACAUUGCAUUGGGACUAAUCUUUCUAGAGAUUGUUGUGAUCUGUUUGGCUGUAGUCCUGAUCUAUCAAAUUAAUUUUAUAAUGGAGAGGAGGAAAAGCACUGUCGUGGUCAGAACCAGGCCAGACACUGCAGAAGACAUUGUUCUACAUGAGCAGCAAAUGCAUAUUGAAGAUUUUCAAUAUAUUCAGACGUGAACCUCACAAUGUGCACUUUAUAUACUGGAGAUGUGAGAAUGUAUCCCUUUUGUUACAAUGGCUUAAAGAGGACC